AUGGCCACCGCCACAGACAACGUCGCCAAGCUCUACGGCAAAAUCGCCACCUCUGAGGGCACCCGCCUCGCCGAGCACCCCAUGGAGCGCGAGCUCACCCUUCGCACCAUCCGCGCCCACGUCCCCCCCGCGUCGGCCGCCAUCGCCGACAUUGGCGGCGGCCCAGGCAAGCUGGCAUUUGCGCUCGCCGACGACGGCCACCUCGUCGACCUCGUCGACUUGACGCCCGAACUCAUCGCCAUGGCGCAAGCAGAGCAAGACUCACGCCGAGCCUCUCCCGCGUCAUCGGGCCGCUGCCUCCUGCAGAGCAUCUCGGUGGGCGAUGCCCUGCACAGGCCGUCGUCCCUGCCGGCGGGCGCGUACGACGGCGUGCUGCUGCUCGGGCCGCUGUACCAUCUCCUCGAGGAGGAUGAGCGCGCUGCGGCCGUGCGCAACGCGCUGCAGCUGGCGCGGCCCGGCACGGGCGUCGUAUUUUGUGCCUUCAUCAGCAUCGCGGCGCAUCUGCGGGACAUUGCGAUGCGGGAUCCGGCCAAGCUGCUCCGCGCGCAGGACUUUUACUCGAAAUACCUCCGUGAUGGCAAGUACGACACCUUCAAGGAAUCGCUCGGGCUUAGCGUCCAGGGCUACCAUACCUACGCCGCCGACGCGCGAGCGUUUCUACAGAAGCACUUUGCUGACGAGGCGGAGCUUAUUGAGCUGCGCUCGACAGAGGGCAUCCUCGGUGGCGGGCUGGAUGCCAAGCUGGAGGAUGCCGGGCCGCAGGUCGUUCAGGCCUGGGCCAACCUCAUGUACGACGAGUACUCGACCAAGGAAGAGUUCCUUGGCUGCGCCGACCAUCUCAUUGCUAUACUUCGUAGGAAAUAG